AUGAACGCAAUCAAAACGUGUUUUCUUUUGUAAACUAAAGUUGCAAAAAAUGAAGUUGCGGGUUCAUAAGCACAGAUGAAUUAUUGGGACUAUCUGCGAGCAUGCACUGGAUUUAAAUUAGGCCUCUCCUCAGUCAGUGCAGGACUCUUCCCCUUUACUAAGGCGAGGAUGGGCGUUUGUGAACUGCUCUAGAGUCUGCGUCACGUGGCCUGGUUUCUGCCUUCCUAUUGGUCCAAGGCACGUGUCUGGGAGGACGGUGGGAAAACGUCACUCGGGGGCUCGUAUUGAAAAUAAGAACAAAACUCCAGAGUGAGAGUAUUAGAGCAUCAGUUUAGGAGCCUCUUUAUUUACCCUUAGUUUAGUUUAGGCGUAGGCAUCGCUGGGCACCCUGAAAUCGGAUAAGAGUGAAUUGGAUGGUGCGCAAAUGGCACAUGUUUUAGCUCUACGGUGUCAGUUGUAACCCUAGGUUGAGGGAAUAUAUGUCCAAAAGUAUGCUUUUCUCGGAGGACGCCGCAAGGCUUUGCAUGGUGUCCAAGGCACUCAGUAGAAUUUGAGUUUUGUUUUGUUUUGUUGUUUUUUUUUAAUUUAUUUUACGCGUGCAUUUUUUCCCCCCUUUGCAAUCUAAUUUCCCCGAAGUCCUUGCAGAUUUUAUUGUAGCAGAGAGAGCGAUAAAGGGGUUAAAGAGAGUAAAGCGGGUAAAGUGAAUCAGUAUGGAAGAAAAUGAUCACGGCAACAGAGACGUGGUGGAGCGGCAGGAGUCGGCGGAUGAAUCAAACAGAGCCAUCCUUCCCCUUUUACAGGCGCCGGGGAACCUGCAGAUCCCUCACCGGGUCACUAAUUUCUUCAUCGACAACAUUCUGCGGCCGGAUUUCGGAAGGAAAAAGGACGGGAGCGCAAACCGCGAAGAGAGUAGCUUGGCAUCGCGGGAGAGCCACAACAGCCCCGCCGCCCCUCAGACCGAGCAGGAGGGGAGCACCGUGCCGGCGGAGGGGACCUCCACUCCGCACACGGUUACCGGGACCAAGAAGCCCGCUAUAGACGCCGGAGAGCCCCUAAAACCCCGCGGGGAGAACGGAGACCAGUGCCUAAGCUCAGACUCAGAUAGUUCCCAAGCCAGCUCAAACCAAUCCCUGGCUCAGCCCAUGUUGUGGCCAGCCUGGGUCUACUGCACCAGAUACUCGGACAGGCCUUCUUCAGGGCCAAGAUCUCGCAAACCAAAGAAGAAAUCGACCAGCAAAGAGGACAAGAGACCACGGACGGCCUUCACAGCAGAACAGUUGCAAAGACUAAAAUCGGAGUUUCAGACAAAUCGCUAUCUGACCGAGCAGAGGCGGCAGAACCUGGCGCAGGAGCUGGGCCUGAACGAGUCCCAGAUCAAGAUCUGGUUUCAGAACAAGAGGGCCAAAAUUAAGAAGGCCAGCGGCUCUAAAAACAGUCUGGCCUUGCACCUGAUGGCACAGGGACUGUACAAUCACGCCACCGUCACGUCGAAAGACGAAAAAUCAGACAGCGAUUGAUUUCCAGAGAAGCAGCCUCCUGACGAAAAAUAAUCUAUAGUAAUCCUAUGAUAGAUCACUGCAAAACUCCACCUACAUGAAUAUUUAAUGAUACCACAGCAGAUGAAAAAUACCACAAAGUUCUUUUGCUAUCAUUAAGCCCAGUAGAGAUACACAAUGGGUCCAGGACACCACAGGAAAUUAAACAAUAAAAUCUGACAAGAGAACAAAAAGGUCAGCGGACUGUUCAGAGUCCUCACAGGAAAAUUUAACGACACCACGAGUCUCUAUAGGUUCCUAUAGGAAUAUUAUAGUGAUUUUUCGUUGUGUGGGAGGUUUUGUCAAGCCUACAAUGCAAUAAUUUCAUCGAAUAAAGGGCCAGUGUGUAGAGUAUACCAGCAUAAAUUGUUUAAAAAAAAUAGAGAGAGAUAUUUCUGCAAUAUCACGUCUAUAAAGAUGUUGUAUAAAGGUUAUGUUUUCACUGUUUGUCGUCCCGCCCCCCCCCGCCCCCCCAGGAGGUACAAAUGCUUACAUCCUUCAUUUUUAUAGGCCUACUACUAUCCAUGAUUGUCAUCAUUUUACAUUUGAACUAACUGGAACUUGACGUUUCCAUCUGUCAGUGAAGUGAACAAACUUAAGUCCAAAGAAUAUUUUUCUGCUGCAUCCAGGCUACUGUGAAUUUAAAUAAAUGCUAACACGAUUUUAUUUCCACGCUUUGUUGGUUUUCUUGGUUGUGUUUGAUGUAAAAAAAAAAAAUGGACAGAGGAAGGCGGGUGUUUUUUUUUUUGCUUUUUGUUUUUUUUUAUUUUUUUGAGUGUCAGUUGCAGACCUAAUUGGGCAAACUAUGAAUUUUGAUACGUUUUGUAAAAAAAUAAAAAUCCACAGGAGCAGUUUAUUAUUGUAAGCGACUGAGAGAAGUAGUGUUUUUUUUUUCUAACACGCCACUUAACUGAAAUGCUAAGUUAGGCCUUGCUUAUAUGUAUGUGGUCGUCUCAUAGCCUUUAAACGAUUAUUAUGUGCGUAUUCCCUUCGUUAUACCAAUGCAUCAGUGCAGCUAUUAUAGUUUUUAAAUAGCAAUAUGAAUCAUUUUUUGUAGCUAAAUGAAUUGAAGGCUAUAAUGCUGCCUAUAAAGUCACAGAAACAACUCUGUAGCAUAAAGACAAUGAUGACAACCAUUUUGCGCACUCUUUGAGUACCUAUGGACUAUGAAAGCAGGUUAUGGGAUGUUCUUGUUAAAUCUUUCUCUAUAUACAGUUUUAUUACAUAUCCAUAUAUCAUAAAAAGAAGGCAAAUCCGUCAGUGACUGUAUUACAAAUGUUGGAAAUCUCUUAUCGUUGUUGAAAGGACUUCAUAUGUGUAUUUAUAUAGAUUAUAUUGAGAAAAAAAAUCUAU